AUGGCUCUUAAAUCGCGUAAUUUAUACAUGUGUAAUUAUUAUUAUUAUUAUACGGACUUAAAAUACAAUUUUCAAUAUUUUUAUAUUAAAAUUUAUUUAUAGUGAAGAGUCAGUGUUCUGAGAGAACUAGACCAGUGACUGGUUAUGUCCCCGGAGUGGCUGGUAUGUCUUCAAUAAAUGAGACAAACUGUGUGAACGAUGUAAUUCUCGAGAAUUCUUUUCUGUCAAAUCCUGUUGAGUGUGCCCGCCCUUGUUCUGAAUCGGAGACACCGAAAACAUGUUACUAUCAUUUCGUAAUUGAACGUUAUCCAGUUCAGAGUGCAGCCUGUGACCUUUGUACUCCCGAGACUGCUACUAAUUCGAUUUGCGCCGAUUGUCAAUGCGUGCCAGCCGAUGGAGUACCGCGAAUGGCUUUAACUGUAAAUAGAAUGAUGCCAGGACCAAGUAUACAAGUUUGUUUAGGAGAUCUUAUUGUGAUAGAUGUUACAAACAAAAUUGCGGAAAACGCAAUAACGAUCCAUUGGCAUGGUGUGUUCCAAAAGGAUUAUCAAUAUUACGAUGGUGUACCUUUUGUAACUCAGUGUCCAAUUGUAUCUGGUUCUACCUUCAGAUAUCAGUAUGUGGCAAAUAAUCCUGGUACUCAUUUUUACCAUGCUCAUACAGGAUUUAAUAAGAUGGACGGAGUUUUUGGUACUCUUGUCAUACGGACUCCAAGGGAGCAAGACCCUAAUAGAGAAUAUUUCGACACUGAUUAUUCAAGUCAUGUAGUUAUUAUUAGCGAUUGGAUGAACGAAGAAUCUACAGAACGGUUUCCAGGUCGUACGGCUAACGGUACUGGUCCGACCGGCCAACUACCUAAUUCUCUAUUAAUUAACGGAAAAGGGCAAACAAAUUUCAAUGGCAGUACUACAAAUACUAGUUUGGAAGUAAUUACUGUGGAACCAAAUACACGCCAUCGUUUUCGAUUAAUUAAUUCGUUUUGUUCUGUCUGUCCGGGGCAAAUAACAAUCGAAGGUCAUAACUUGACCGUAAUAGAAACAGAUGGUCAACCUAUUAAACCCAUCGAUGUAACUUCCAUCGUUUCGUCUGCCGGCGAACGAUACGAUUUUGUCAUAGAGACUAAUCAACCUCUUGGUGCUUAUCAGAUACAACUUCGUGGACUAGAAUUAUGUAACGAUAUACAGCAAUUAGGUAUAUUGCAAUAUGCUAGUGCAUCCAACGAAAUAAACACUAACGAGACUCUUCCUUCAGGAAUUAUUUUGAAUCCAUCAGGUGUUGAUUGCGACAAUAAUCCUGAAGAAAUAUGCAUCAGCAAGUUGAAGAGUGGCACUCCAAUUGACGAAGGCCUCACUCAACCGGAAACGGACUUGCAAUUUUAUAUACCCAUCGCUGCAACACCGACAGCCCUUAGUGCGGCAACAUUGGACGGAAUAAUAUAUCAAAGUGCACCUUCACCGCUGAUUUCUCAAUUCAAUGAUAAUCCCUCGGAUCAAGUUUGUAAUUCUCAAAAUUUGCCAUCUAAAUGCAACGAUAAUUGUUCGUGUACUAAUACAUUGAAGUUUCCAUUGAAUUCUACCGUGGAGAUAAUAUUGGUCGAUUCAGUAAUAAGUAUGGGUCAACCAUUUGGACCCAAUUUGUCUGACAUGAAUUCGACAACUAUUAGUGUAGAUUAUGUAAAACAACUUGAUGAGGACGGACAAAUAAAGAGAAAUUUUGAUGGUCCUGGCAAAGAUACUCUUGCUGUUCCGAAUAAUGGAUAUGCUGUACUUCGAGUCCGUGCAAAUAAUCCAGGAUUCUGGUUCUUUCACUGUCACUUUAUUUAUCAUCAAGCAAGUGGUAUGCAGAUGGUUUUCAAUGUCGGAGAACAAGAAGAUUUACCUCCUGUUCCCCCGAAUUUCCCGAAAUGUGGUAAUUUCUUAAAUUCUCUUCAAGAUAUCUCAAGAAUUGCAGUUCAAAGUGCAGUCUCGCAAUCUAUCAUCGCGGGUUACGCGCCCGGCGUUAGUGGAAUGUCAUUAAUUAAUGAAGCAAAUUGUUUGAAUGAAGAACUUGUUCUAAAUACUGAUUUGUCGAAUGCUGUUGAAUGUGCACGAACAUGUAAACUGGGAGAAUCAAAGACGUGUUAUUAUAAAUUCGUGGUUGAACGUUAUCCCAUUAAUGGCCAAGCAUGCAAUUUAUGUAUGCCAAACGCUACCAAUAGCUUGUGCGCUAAUUGCCAAUGUGUCCCAGGGGAUGGAACGCAGCGAAUGGCUUUGACUGUGAACAGAAUGAUACCAGGUCCAAGCAUACAAGUUUGCGAAGGAGAUUACGUCGUGGUUGAUGUUGAGAAUCUAUUAAAAUCAGAUUCAAUCACACUUCAUUGGCACGGUAUCUAUCAACAAGGUUCUCUUCAUUACGAUGGGGUUCCACAUUUGACACAAUGUCCGAUCACGAUUGGUAACACAUUCAGAUAUCAAUUUUUUGCCAAUAACCACGGAACCCAUUUAUGGCAUGCUCACACUGCAUCACAAAAAUUGGAUGGUGUAUUCGGAAGUCUUAUCGUACGAGUACCACACGAGGAAGAACUUUAUUCGAAUAUUUAUGAUUUCGAUUUAGCAAACCACGUAAUCGUUAUUAAUGAUUGGUUUAAAGAAGAAUCCACGAGCCGAUUUCCAGGUCGUAGGGCCGGAGUAGUUCGUCAGAUUGCCGAUACUUUCUUAAUCAAUGGAAAAGGGAAAUUCGUAGAUCCCACUGGCAGUACGACGAAUAUUCCUUAUGAAGUGAUCACCGUGGAUGCUAAUCAUCGUUAUCGUUUCCGUUUAAUCAAUUCUUUCUGUACUGUUUGUCCCGGAGAAUUGACUGUCGAAGGCCACAGUCUUACUGUUAUUGCUAUCGACGGUCAACCUAUAGAACCUAUCGUAGUUGAUUCUAUAGUUUCUCUAGCUGGAGAACGAUAUGAUUUCAUCAUUAAUACUAAUCGAGAACCUGGUGCUUAUUGGAUACAACUGCGUGGAUUGAAUGAUUGUGAUGCUAACGGCAUCCAGCAAUUAGCUAUACUUCAAUACGAAGGAGCUCCUACUGAGCCAAUGACCAAAGAACCUACCUUUAAGAAUCCUAUUCCUAAUGGCGUUGUAUUAGAUGUCGCAAGUUCCGACUGUUCUUCGCGCAUUUGUGGCGAUAAAUUAAGGAACGCAUUGUCAAUCGAUCCAGAUAUUCUGAAGAAUGGCUCAGAUGUGAAAUUGUAUUUAGCAAUUGCUUCUCGAAAAUAUCAACCAGAAGAGAUAUUCGUACCUAAUACAUACAAUAAUUUUUUGAGUCCAAAGUCGAUAUCAAUCACUACGUUAAGCAACAUAAGUUCAUCUUCUCCAUCCUGUCCGCCGCUCACCCAGUUGGAAGACAUUCCUGCAGAUGCAUUUUGUAACGCUGAAAAUUUACCAUCCCAUUGCAAGCCAGGAGUUUCGUGCACGUGUAUUCACUUGAUCAAAAUACCAUUAAACUCCAUUGUAGAGAUCAACUUGAUAGAUGAUUCACGACAUCCCUUCCAUUUGCAUGGAUAUUCAUUCUAUGUUGUGGGCAUGGGUCAACCUUUGGGUCCCAUUCCGAAAUCGGAUGUUAAAAUGACAGUCGAAUAUUUCAAAGAACUUGAGAAGAAAGAUCAGAUAGUAAAGAAUUUUGAUUCUCCUCAUGGAAGAGAUAAUGUUCCUAUACCAAAUAAUGGAUAUGUUACAAUUAGAUUCCAAGCAAAUAAUCCAGGAUAUUGGUUGUUGCACUGUCAUCAAAUUUUACAUCAGAUUGGUGGUAUGGAAGUGAUUUUACAAAUUGGAGAGGUAUCUGAUAUGCCAAAAACGCCAGACAAUUUUCCAAGAUGUGGUAAUUUUAAACCGAAAAUACAGCGCACAAUGUGAAAUAGAAAAUUAAUUGAAAUUAAAAAUAAUAAAAUAAGCUCAAAAUGUUCAUACACUUAAUAACUAUAUGUAUUUAUUUCGUGUUUUUAUAUGUGUUAAAGAUCUUAGCUAUAAAGUAUAAUUAGUAACAUAAAUAUCAAAUUAAUUUAAAAAGAAACAAUAAAGAUCUAAUUAUGUAAAUCACUCGAAAAAUUGCUUCCUAUAUUUCAAUUGUCAUGAUAAAACGCAGUGAAUCUAUGUUAUGCUUCGCAAACAUAAUUUAAUUAUAACUAGUUAAUUUUUACGCUAGUAUAAAUAUUCUAGAAAUUAUAUUAUGCGCCCAUUUUAAACGAGUAUGGUUUAUUGUGUAUAUUAAUUUGUAAUCGUAUUAUACAUAUAUAAUAUUAACAUAUAGUGUAUAUCAGUUUAUGAUACGAAUAAUUAAAUAAUACUCACAAAUUAAGUUAGCCAGUGAUCAAUUAAAAAUUACUAGAUGUAAAAAUUUUAAUUCGUGUAGAAUUAAAGUUGUUUUCUUUCCCAAAGAGGAAAAAA